AUGAGGAGAUUUGUCUACUGCAAGGUGGUUCUUGCCACUUCACUGAUGUGGGUGCUUGUUGAUGUCUUCUUACUCCUCUACUUCAGUGAGUGCAACAAGUGUGAUGACAAGAAGGAGAGAUCCCUGCUGCCUGCGCUGAGGGCUGUUAUUUCAAGAAACCAAGAAGGUCCAGGAGAAAUGGGAAAGGCUGUGCUCAUUCCAAAAGAUGACCAAGAGAAAAUGAAAGAAUUGUUUAAAAUCAAUCAGUUUAACCUCAUGGCCAGUGACUUGAUUGCCCUUAACCGAAGUCUGCCGGAUGUGAGAUUAGAAGGAUGCAAGACUAAAGUCUACCCUGAUGAACUUCCAAACACAAGUGUAGUCAUUGUGUUUCAUAAUGAGGCUUGGAGCACUCUUCUUCGAACUGUCUACAGUGUCAUAAAUCGCUCCCCACACUACCUGCUCUCUGAAGUCAUCUUGGUCGAUGAUGCCAGUGAAAGAGAUUUUCUCAAGUUGACAUUAGAGAACUACGUGAAAACUUUAGAAGUGCCAGUGAAAAUUAUUAGGAUGGAAGAGCGCUCUGGGUUAAUACGCGCCCGUCUCCGAGGAGCAGCUGCUUCAAAAGGACAGGUCAUAACUUUUCUGGAUGCACACUGCGAGUGUACCUUAGGAUGGCUGGAGCCCUUGCUGGCGAGAAUAAAGGAAGACAGGAAAACAGUUGUGUGCCCGAUCAUUGAUGUUAUUAGUGAUGAUACCUUUGAAUACAUGGCUGGGUCAGACAUGACUUAUGGUGGUUUUAACUGGAAGUUAAAUUUCCGAUGGUAUCCUGUCCCUCAAAGAGAAAUGGAUCGGAGAAAAGGAGACAGGACAUUACCUGUCAGGACCCCUACUAUGGCUGGUGGCCUAUUUUCUAUUGACAGAAACUACUUUGAAGAGAUAGGAACUUACGAUGCAGGAAUGGAUAUCUGGGGUGGAGAGAAUCUUGAAAUGUCUUUUAGGAUCUGGCAAUGUGGAGGCUCUUUGGAGAUUGUGACUUGCUCUCAUGUUGGUCAUGUUUUUCGAAAGGCAACUCCAUACACAUUCCCUGGUGGCACUGGCCAUGUCAUUAACAAGAAUAACAGAAGACUCGCAGAAGUGUGGAUGGAUGAAUUCAAAGAUUUCUUCUAUAUAAUUUCUCCAGGUGUUGUCAAAGUGGAUUAUGGAGAUGUGUCAGUCAGGAAAACACUAAGGGAAAAUCUGAAGUGUAAGCCUUUUUCUUGGUACCUAGAAAACAUCUAUCCGGACUCCCAGAUCCCAAGACGUUAUUACUCACUUGGUGAGAUACGAAAUGUUGAAACCAAUCAAUGCUUAGAUAACAUGGGCCGCAAAGAAAAUGAAAAAGUGGGUAUCUUCAACUGCCACGGCAUGGGAGGUAACCAGGUGUUUUCUUAUACUGCUGACAAAGAAAUUCGAACUGAUGACUUGUGCCUAGAUGUAUCCAGACUCAGUGGACCUGUAAUCAUGUUAAAGUGCCACCACAUGAGAGGGAAUCAGCUAUGGGAAUAUGAUGCUGAGAGACUCACUUUGAGGCAUGCUAACAGUAACCAAUGUCUUGAUGAACCUUCUGAAGAAGACAAAAUGGUGCCUACCAUGCAGGACUGCAGUGGCAGCAGAUCGCAACAAUGGCUGCUGAGGAACAUGACCUUGGGGACAUGA